CCUUUGCUUGCUUCUUCCUUCGCCGCCGCCUCAACCGCGGCCACCACCCCCCUCUUCUCGCCGGAAAUGCCCAGAGCAACGUCCGCGCCUGCAGUAGGAUCACUUCCCCGCCUCCCGCUUGUCCGGUUCUCCGCUCCGCAAUCCCGAUCUGCGGUUUUCCGGUAGCGCUGAGGGUGGGGGUGGGGGGGUGAAGGCCUGUGGGUCAUACCCCGAGGAGCCUCCUCCGCCCGUCCCAGGCAACUCCCCUUCUGAAUAUCGCCGCGCAGGGAUAGGGGCAGGUGGUCCCUGGACACAGCCCUCUGGAAGGAACCCCCACUCCUACAAUUGCCGCUUCCAUAUGCUUCCAGGCUCUUGGUUCGGCGGCUUCGCACCUCCUUUUUCUCGCCUGGACCUGAUUGUUUGUCUUCCCCGAGAGAAGGCCAACUUUUAGCCGCGGGGAAGUGAGGGAAUCGUGUUGGGCCGCGCCUCCGAAGUUCCCCCACGGUGUUUAAAGCGCUCUCUUUGUUUGUACAUCUUUCAGAGCCUCCUCGCAUUGAACCAAAAUGCAUCGCACCACCCGCAUCAAAAUUACGGAGCUCAACCCCCACCUCAUGUGUGUGAUUUGCGGAGGAUACUUCAUUGAUGCUACCACGAUCAUCGAGUGCCUGCACUCCUUCUGUAAGACUUGUAUUGUGCACUACUUGGAGAGCAGCAAGUAUUGUCCCAUUUGCGAUGUCCAAGUUCACAAAACUAAGCCUCUUUUGAACAUAAGGUCUGAUAAAACUCUCCAGGACAUUGUGUACAAGUUAGUACCAGGNUUAACUGGCUGCCCAAGCAGAACCUCAUUGUCCGGGGCAGAACACAGCUCCUGUGGUGAACUGAAUUUAUACACCAAAGGCGGGAAUCAGUGCCGACUGGCGACUACNUACAAUAGUAUAUGUCCUUUUUCUAGAGUUGAACAGAAAGGAAGCAAUGAGAAAGAAAAAGCCAAUGAGGAGGCCAAAGAUAAAAGAUAUUUACGCUGUCCUGCAGCAAUGACUGUAAUGCACUUGAGAAAGUUUCUCCGGAGCAAAAUGGACAUACCGAAUGCUUUUCAGGUUGAUGUCAUGUAUGAAGAAGAGCCUUUGAAGGACUACUACACACUAAUGGACAUAGCAUACAUUUACACUUGGAGAAGGAACGGUCCCCUCCCUUUAAAGUACCGUGUGCGACAAACCUGCAAGAGAAUGAAAAUAGGGGGUCAGCAGCGAGAUGGCUUGCAUAACAGUGGGGACCUGGAAAGUGACUCUGGCAGUGAAAAAGCUGGCAGCCCCAUGGGAGGCGCUCCUUCCACAUCAUCCUGCGUGCUCAGCCCCAGCACUCCGGUGCAAUCUCCCCACCCCCAGUUCCCCCACAUCUCUAGCACUAUGAAUGGAACCUGUGGCAGUCCCAGCAGUAACCACCAUGCGUCCUUUACCAACAGAACCCCAAAAGUGUCAGUGAACAGUUGCUCUGUGACUUCUUCUGGCUGACCUGCAUAAACUGUCCUUUCUGAUUCUCAAGACUGGAUGCCAAGGUUACAGGUUAUUGCUCUUUUUCUGCCCUUUGGUCUCUAUUGUGCCACACCAUUAAGCUUUAUAGUUGCAAAUUCCACGAGUGUCUGCCUGAUGGUUAAUAAAAGUAAUAAUGAUUGGAUACUAAAUGGGUGGACAAGAUAUGGACUUUGUUAUAUUAAACAACCACUGCAGCAAACGAUUUCUUAAGGACCAGCAACAUAAAAAAAAUAUCAGUCCAGAUAUUUUUGGAGUAUUUUAUUUUUUGCUUCCCAUUAUUGAUCUGUUUCCUGAUUUGGAGUCAGAAGUGUCUGUAAAUGGAUGGCUGUCACAAAUGAAACCCAAAUUUUGUAAAUUCAGAUUAAUUUCCUAAAUAUCUUUCAGAUUAUGAACUGUGGUUCCCUGGUUUUGUGGACUCUCAUUGAAAACAAGUGCUUUUUAUCCCUUCUCCACCUUGAGAUGCUGAGAUGCAUAAAUGCCAGAUUGAAUAUGCAUAAAACAAUGCAUAUAUGUAGCCACACCACUGUGAAUAACAAUGCAUUUGCUUUAGUAGCCAUUUUGAUUUGUAGUUUGCACCCACGACUUUUCUGUGCAACGUCUGAAGCCAUUAAAAGACCAGAAGGGAAGGGGAAAGUUCUAUGGAAGAAAAGAAGGAAGAGGGGCAGUCUAGGUUCAGAUUUAAAGCGGGUAUUGCCAUUUAUUUUACUGGCUGAUUUAAAGAAAAAGGUAUGCAAGAAAACAAGAUAAGUUCUUGUGACAUUGUGAGCUUGUGGAAACAUGCCAUAUUGUUAUAUGACAAAACAGGAAGCAGUACUGUAUGACAUGAAGAAAAAAAAAUGUUUCAUGCAGUGUCGAUGGUGGUUAAAUAAAUCCUGUUGGCUCAGCCCUCGCAGAUGCUUCUUCAAGUGGGAGUAGGGGGAAUCCUGCUGAAGGAUCUACAAACCCUUGGCCUUGAAAGUGGGAGAGCUACCGUAGUUUCCAUCUCCGCUAACCUGGAAGCAAUUGACAAUAUCGAAAUGAUUUCAUGGAUCUUGUCUAUUUCCCAGGAUUUUUACAUUUACUCAACAUAAUUAUUUUUAAUGCUGGGGAGGGAGGGCAAGGGAGGCCUUGGAGAAAAUGGAGGAACAUGGGAAGGACUUCAUUUUAUAUGGGAAAGGAUAGGGAUAUGUGGUUAUUUUUCUCCCAGCAAAGGCACAAAAAUGCAUAUAAGAAGCCAUAAAGUAUACUGGAACCUUUUUCAUUUAUUCUUUCUAAAGAAACCAGUAAAUUGAGAUGAAGGUUUUUUAUCUACAUUUAAUACAUAUGUACAGUAUGCAUAUGGUACAGUAUUAACUUGGUUAAAGAUUAACAGGCACAUUGAUAUUUUCCAAUGAGCUGCCUGAAAACCUUUCUGGAAAAUAGUUUUCUGAAGAGAGCAGUUUUUUUGAGGUUGGGUGGGAAGGCUUGAAAAUGUAAGUCUCUUGAAGAAACUUCAAUACCUUUCAGUCUGCUUUGCUUUGGUCAAAAUGAGUGUGGUGUGUAUGCUCCUUCUUCACUCAUAAGUUACACAUUUGUGAGAGUGUUUGUCCUAUAUGCCUAUUGUUUUAUGUUUCUACAGGGAUAUUGUAGCUAAGUAUUUCAUUGUAUCAUGUGCAAAAAAAGAAAAAAAGCACAAUUUAUGCUUUGUCUUGCUUACAGUCAUUAAAUAAUUACUUUUACAUGUA